GCGGCUCCCAUAACAUGAGUUCGUUAGUCUCUCAAUCUAUCUCCGUCGUCUGUCUAUUUUACGUCUGUCUUAUUGAUUUAGGCUUGAGACCUGAAUAUAUCGACAAUGAAUUUAUACCGUCUGACGUUUCUCUGUUUAAUAUCAUUAUUUUGCAUGCACACGGCGUCCUUAUAUGUCUUUAUAAGAGGGUUUUUGUUGUCACGAUCGGAACUUGGCAAUGUCAGUCAGUGUAUCGUAGAAAAAGAGACGUUGUCGACAGAUCACCGGAAAAACCUCGUCACCUAUUUGACGCCCUCUUUUAAGAGUGCUAAAUGUUUGGACCCGGCUGCGAAUUACAGCUGUUGUCCAAGCAGUAGUUUCACCUCAGUAGUGUUACUGAUCAUUGAUGGUCUGCGGUACGACUUUGCCGUGCCUAGUCAUGACAGUUCUCAAGCCAAUUUACCAAGUUAUGCAAACAAGUUUCCCGUGCUUGGUGAAUUGCUUGUUAGCCACCCGAGGUCAGCACAGUUGUAUAAGUUCAUCGCAGAUCCACCGACGACAACAAUGCAACGCCUAAAAGGAAUGACAACGGGAAGUCUUCCCACUUUUGUUGAAGUAGGAGCAAAUUUUGCUAGUUCGGAAAUAAAGGAAGACAAUAUCAUAGACCAAAUUGUAAUGUCAGGUUUGAAAGUAACAUUCAUGGGGGAUGACACAUGGACAGGGCUGUUCCCAAAUCGCUUUCAUCGACAAUAUUCAUUUCCGUCAUUCAAUGUUAAAGACCUGCACACAGUAGACAAUGGAAUUAUAGACCAUCUGGUGCCAGAAAUCAAACUGCCUGACUGGGAUGUGCUCAUUGCCCAUUUUCUUGGUGUUGAUCAUUGUGGACAUCGGUAUGGACCUCGCCAUCCAUCCAUGGCUGAAAAGUUAAACCAGAUGGAUAGAGUAGUGAGGUCAGUUGUUGCUGAAUUGCCUAACGACACUCUCCUACUGGUAAUGGGAGAUCAUGGUAUGACAAAAACUGGAGACCAUGGAGGCGACAGUGCUGAUGAAGUCGAUUCAGCUCUCUUUGUCUUUAGUCAUAAGCCAUUCAUGGAUGCUAAACGAAACCAGAGCACAAGGAGAGCUGUCUCGCAGAUAGAUAUAGUUCCCACUUUAUCACUGCUACUUGGAUUGCCAGUGCCAUUUUCCAAUCUUGGAACCAUCAUACCAGAACUAUUUUCAGGUGGAGGGAGCACACCCUCUGAUCUGAAGGGUGAACUAUCUGUAGUGGAGGCUUUGUUACUCAAUUCUGUACAGGUAGCUAGGUAUUUGGAUGAAUACACGAAAACUAACAAGGAUUUUCCAUACAUAAAAUACAAGCAGCUCAAGAAACAGCUGAACAGCAGUAUGGAAACAUGGGCAUCUCUUAGGCACAAUAUAUCGGCAGUUAAUAUAAGUGCAUCUAUUAACGAAGUGAAAGAUCAGUUGAUCAACUAUUUAGACUCAGUAAAGUCCAUGAGCCAACAAGUAUGGGCAAAAUUCGACGUGGUAGCAAUCUGUGGUGGCAUUUGCCUUUCCGUUUUGACCAUCAUGGCAGGCAUGGUUAUUACAAGAAAUAUACAUUGUAUAGACAUGAUUGACAAGUCGGGAACCACGGCGACGAAGUGGUUCACGUUUUCGACUCUAAUGAGCUCCAGUAUGCUGUUCAUCUUUUUCUGCAUUCUUCCGGAUUUGUCAGCAAUAUCUGUUGCGGUUGCCAUGUUAAUCACAGUGACAGUGUACCUUAUGAGUCAGGCUCCUUUCAUUUGUAAAGCAAAUCUAUGCAGACCAUCCACUUCCAUGCCUCUUCUGGAAAGUGCACCUCUGUUUGUGGUUGUUGUCUACUCCCUAGCUGUGUUCUCCAACAGCUACGUUGUGCACGAGGAUUCCACCUCUUCGUUUCUCUGCCAGUCGCUGAUCUGGGUGUUAUUCAUAGUCAGCUGCCAACAUCAGGCACCACCUCUCAAACCAAAGAGGGAGCAACAUAAGACACGGCCGGUUCAGUUUGACCUGUAUAACAUCAUAACAGACUACCGGUUUGUGCUGUUCUGUAUGGCCAUAGGCCUCAAUUGUGUAUUGCGCUUUAGCCAGGAAUUCUGGAGGUGCAGAGAGGAGCAGUGGGACUGCGAGCUGUCCAGAUUUACUCAACCGCUUUCAGCCAUCUCUGCCAUGACCGUAUACAAAAAUACUCGAUACUUCACUUCUUUACUUGCCGUGUGCUUGCUCCCCUACCUGCUGCGUCUGUGGAUGCGACACUUUGGGAACUUGAAUGGCCAUGCCAUCAGUGUGAUCGCCGUUAAAUAUGCGCUUCCUCUGAUGUCUGUGUCGGUGAGCUUGUACUGGGCGUUUACCAGCCUUUCACAGUCGAUCAUAGAUAAGCUGCCCAGCUGGCAACACAUGAUGUUUCCAUUCUUGGUGUAUGGUCUAGCUGUUUGCUGCAUAGGCGUGAUUGUAAUCAGUCCCUUAUUCAUCUACCAACCUGAAAAGAUGCUUUAUGCUGAGAAGGACAAGAAGUUAAUUCCACAGGUUUACUAUCAGAUGAAUUUGCAGUGGCAGCAGCACAUGGGUCAAGCCCCAACUGAGAGGCAUGCAGUCACGGUCUAUGGCCUAGCAACAGUCUACUCCAGUGUUGUGAUCACUGUGCUCGUCAUUGCUGCCGUUGUUCUGCUGCUGUUGCUAGGUGACGGAUUUGCGUGGGGAGUGUUCCUCCUGCUUACAUCCAUGUUCCUAUUUCUCGAGAUGUACAGCUGUGUGGCAACCUCACAAGUGUCAGGCAUAGAUAAAGUGGAGGUACCAUGGUGGGCUGUAGUCAUGUGGCAGAUGAUAGCAUUCUCCGGCUUUUACACGACUGGACACCAGGCCAGCUUUCCCACGAUAAAUUGGGAUGCUGCAUAUACGGGUUUCCAUGGCGACUAUGUAAAUAACAUUGUUCCCGGCAUCCUGCUGCUGCUGAACACCUAUGCGUCGUAUGUGUUGUUCGCACUAGCAACACCUCUCCUCAUCAUCUGGCCGUUCUCACAAGGAAGAAGCCUGGCAAAGUUAGGCUUUCCAACAGCUUACAAAACCAACCAGAGAGAUGAAGAGCUGCAGAAGCAGGGCGAGUUCGUAUUGCAGAAUUAUGACCAACAGUUUCGUCUCGCGCUGAACCGUCUCUGUAUCAUGGUAGUCACCGCACAUGGGCUAAAGGUUUUAGCUGCAAUGGCUUCUGCUGGUCUACAUAGGCGCCAUCUCAUGGUAUGGAAAAUAUUUGCACCAAAGUUCAUGUUCGAAGGAGUGGGUUUUGUUGUGAUGAGUGCCACUCUUAUGUUUAGUUAUACACUUGUGCUCAGAGUACACGGAGCAUUAGGUAGAUGGGUAAAUAAAUUACAGCAAUGAUGUUAUUACAUGAUUACAUGAUUUAGCAUUUUUGUUACAUUUUUCAAUUAAUUGUGACUAGUUUUAUUGUACAAAGUAAAUAAAUAAAUGUAAUCUAAAUUCAUUUUGAAUAUA